GUAAAGAAAAAAGUUGAGGAUCCAGGAUUGUGGUGUCAAAGACUUUAUUCAGCAGAGCGGAAUGAUUAUUUUAAACAUGGCAACCCGAACUCAAAAGGCGCUCAAGAAAUCCCGCCUUUUCCGUUGCCGCCACUUCCUGGAGACGGAAGCGUUUAUUUUCAUUCGGAAAAUGGCGGCUUCUGAACCGAACCGCGCUGUGGAUGCGGGCGAGGCGUCGUCUGCAGAGAAACCGGCGGCGGAUGUGGAUUUCUGGACCGAACUCGGGCCCAUCGUAAAACGAGAGCCGGUGGUGAAACUCUUGAGUCCAGUGAGCGGGUUGGAGGCGUUGACGUGGUCGGAGGAUCACCGACUCGCCAUAUCCACCGUCAACAGUGUUUCCCUCAUGGAGCUGGUGUGUGAACAGCGCACGCACAGCCAGGAUUUAGUCCUGCACCGCACUCACAUCCCCGUGCCGGAGUCCGUGUGUGAACUGCAGGUUGGCCCGGAGGACAAAGUGCAAUCGGUGAAACAAAAAUGUGCAAACCACGAUGACCCUUUAAUUAGGCAGAAUUUUCUGCUGGACAGAAUUAUGAAUCCCCAGGGUGGAGCUCUGCGUGGCAUGAAGUACACCAGCUGGUCGCCGCUCGGCUGCGACGUGAACGGGCGCUGCAUUCUGGCUUGCCUGACGCUAGACUGCCGCUUGACUGUUCAUAGCUGCCACAAGCGACUGCAAUGGACUCAGCUCUUGAACCUCACAGAGCUUUAUGGUGACAUGUUGAAGUCUAGGAACUACACGAGCGAUGGUGCAUCAGAACAUUCGCCGGAAGACCUGGAGGAUCUCGAGGAGCUACAGAAUAGGUAUCGGAUGCAGACUCCUGUGCGCAUGGAGUGGUCCAGCCUUUGUAACACGCAUCAAAUCCAGAGCAACAACGAGUGCAAGGACGUGGGGACGGUUCUCUUGGCUGUGCUGAUGGAAAAUGGGGACUUGGUGGUGUGGCAGUUCUGUUUGCCUGUGCAAGGAAGAGACUCUGUGGUUUCUUGCAACACUAUAAAAUCGGACGUGUCGUCACCGAGUGUGUUGGCCUGGUGGGAGUAUGAGCAUAGUGGACGCAAAAUGAGCGGCCUGAUCGUGGGCAGCACAGUGGGACCUGUUAAAAUAUUGCCUGUGAAUUUGAAGGCAGUGAAGGGAUACUUUACCCUCAGACAGCCAGUGGUGCUGUGGCAAGACACAGAUAACAUUCCAGUGAGCGACGUCAAAUGCAUCACUCUUUUCCACCCGCAGCAAAAGUGUAACUGUAGCUUGGUUGUCGCAGCACGGGGCCCAUAUGUCUUCUGGUGCUUGUUGCUCAUCUCCAAAGCUGGUCUAAACGUGCACAACUCUCAUGUUACUGGACUUCACUCGGCACCAAUUACAUCCUUAAGUGCAACACACAAUGGAAGCCAAGUCUUCACAUGCUCGCUGGAUGGUACAGUUAAAAAACUGACACCGGUUUUUACUGACUCGGCUAUCGUCUUUAAGCAACAGGAGGUGCAGCUUCCCGAAGGGGUCCGUGGCUGCCGCAUCCACGGGAUCUCCACCAGCCCAAAUGGUGCAUACCUGGCUCUGGCCACCACCGAAGGCAUGAUCAAUGGGAUGCAUCCAGUUGUUCGCACCAACAUCGUGCAAUUCGUCACGCUCAAGACGCCAGACGAAGCAGGAGCAGAGCUUCUCGAAUCACAAACGCAAAGUCUCUACAAGCAGGCUGACCUGUUGGAUCUGGUGCGAUGGCGUGUUAUGCACGACAAACGCAUUCCUCAGUUCCUCCAAGAUGAACUAGAUGAGAAGACACCCAUGUCAAACUCAAUGUACCUUUGGAGAUUUAAACUCUUCCUUUUGCGGGUCCUCCACCAGUCUUUGCAAAAGCCACCAGUGAAGGCACGCUGGAGGCCCACCCAUGAGGACAGCAAAGCUUUUCUGCCAGAUGAGGUGGACGGAGACGCGGUGGAGGGGAGCUCGGAGACGAACGAGCUCAAAGCGAAGGAAGCCGAAGGAGACCCAGAUGAUGAGCGAUUCAGCGAAAUUACAGCAUGGAUCGAGGAGGUGGAAUCGCACCUGACACGUGAGCACAUGAAAAGGGUGCUUGGAGAGGUCUACAUGCACACCCUCGUCACGGAGAAUACACGAAUCCCCACUAAAGGGAUCUGCGACUUCCUGUCUAAUGAUCCUACCAAUGAAGAUCGAGCUGCCAAGGUUCUAAUUGGUCACAUUAUGAAGAAAAUGAACAAGCAGACGUUUCCCGAGUACUGCAGCAUGUGUAAAGAGGUUCUGCCCUUUACUGACCGCAAGCAGGCUGUGUGUAGCAGCGGACACAUAUGGCUCAGGUGUGUACGGUCAUAUCAGGUCUGUCAGAGUGUGUCGUACCGCCGCUGCCUGCUGCAGGACAGCAUUGCUUUAGUGCCACAGCCUGAGGAUCCAGACUGGGUGAAGAAGAUCUUACAGGGGCCGUGCACGUUCUGUGACUCGCCGCUGCUUUGACGCACCAGGGGUAAAAACGCUGGAGAGUCUCAAAGCUGCUGAUGCACACCAACAACCUUACAAACUUUAUAGCACUGUUUAUUAUGAGCAUUUAUCAGAGCUUUCUGGAUGAACGUCAUAUUUCCCUCCCCCUCUAUUUUAAAACACUGGUUUGUUUUGUCUGGAGAUUAUGGUUGCUGUCUAGGUCAGUUGUGUACGAAUUCCUAUAUGCUGAAAACUUUCAGUUUGAGCCUAUGCUGCUGCUGCUGCGAUACAUUUUUUCCCCCAUAACUUCCUUCCAGUCUCAUCAUAUGGUGGUGUUCCUUAAUUGGCUUUCGGGAACAUCUCCAUCGGCAGCGUCCUCCGUCUUCACAUGAGAACUUUUACACGGGCUGCAUGAGGAGAGAUUAAAGCCCACGAGAGACAGAUCUGCAGCAAGAGACAGAGGCAAAAGUGUUUUAAGAGUGCGUUUCGGGCGCUUUCCCGAGGGAUACGCAUCUAAUGAGAUACCAGAGUAAUGAGGUGCGGAUUCCAGCCACAGAUGUGAUUCUCAUUUUAAUUAAGCAGAGUCGGGGUUAGAGUGCAUAUUGUUAAAUAUAGUUAACCCUCUUUUUAUGGGCCGUGGGGAAAUAAAUACAUGAGCCGUACAGUUAGACACGAGAUCUGCUUGUACCUUUACUUAUAUGAAUAUAGAAAUAUAUAAGUUUCAUCUCUAUAUUCCUACCUUAGGGUUAGACAAAAAAAAAAAAUGCCGUUUCAGAGCAGUCUUGUUCACGCUUGUCCCCGGGAAUCGGCUACUGAUCCCCCAGAACUCCUUGCUGAUACUUUGUGGUCAUUGGAGCGCAUCACGGGCUCCUGGGGCUUGAAAUGAGAAGUGCUUCGAUUUUAAGAAGUUGGUGUCAUUGCAAAUAUUACUGCUUUGCCACCGUGUAAUAAAAAGCACCUCUGUUUGUGUUUCUCGUGGUUAAUCGGUCUUAACACAAACAGCGUUUUUGUUUUUUUUAACCACACGAGAACUUUAAGGACCAGCGGCACUUGAUUAUGUAAAGUCGAUGCGUACAGAGCAAGCACUUCGAGAUCAGAGACGGGCCAAAAGGGGAGCCUUGAUCCGCCACCAAACGUAUCUAGUUGUCCACAGAUACAGUGUACCAUCUUGAAUACUAAAGGAAUUCAUUACCUUAAACAUGUGUAAUAUCUUUUAUCUACAUCUUACAUUUAAUUAAUUAAGUAAAUGUGAUCGACUUCUCAGGGCAAGCCUUUGAUUAUUCGUUUCUACAAUACUGGGUGAUUUGACGGCGCAGUAUCGUUAUUGUGAUGUCACAUUUAUGAGAUUACGGUAAUCCCCCGUUUAUCGCCGUGGUUACUUUCGAAAACUGCGAUAAAAGCAAAAAAGUUUAAUGUGUACUGUAUUAUUUUAUAAUCUAAUUAUAUUUUUAAUAAUAAAUUUCAAUAUUUCAACAUGAAACUCCAUCAAAGCAGUUCCCUAUAAGUUUUUUGGUCAAUCGUUCAAUCCGCGAGAGAGAGCGGGAAAAUCAGCGAAACAAAUUAGUUAUGUGGUAAAUGCAAUUCCGCAAUAAACCACUAGGUGUACGAAUUGAACCGUGGUAAAGCGGAGGAUUACUUAUCUCACAAUGUUAAUCACAUUACUUUUGUGGGUGUUUGUGCCAGAUUUUAAUAUUAUAUUUCAAUGGUUUGAAUAUAUAUUUCUUGUUUGUUUAUAGAAAACAGAUUCAUUCAGAAAUGUUCUUGAAAGUGUGCACAGAAUAAUGCAAUAAACAAAAAACACAGAAAUAUAUUACUUUUUUUUAAUUUUAUAAUUUCUUUUUUGCAAUCACUCUUUGCACACUGAUAAAGAUUACACUAAAAUUUCUUUCAAAAGAAGUAAAAAUGCAACUUUUUUCCCCUGUUCCUCAUUUGUAUAAUAAUAUCGUUAGCUUAGUCUUAAAGGUGUGCCGUGCCGAUAGGUGGAGACCCAUAGUGCCGGAGAGGUUAGCCGUGUUUCGGAGGAACCUCCUAUGUCUUCAAUAUAACGAGAUGUCAGAAAGCAUUUGUACAAUAAUUACAGCACCCUCCUCCUUGCUUUCUUUGUGUUCACACACACACACACACACACCCAGCACUUCAAACACAGGCUUUGUUUUUUUUGCAACAUACAAUAUUUAUAGUCUUGCAGCCAUGGCCAAAUUCUGUUCUUUCUUUAAACAGUAAUGUGGACUGAGUACUUUUGUGUAAUAAUUAGUUGCUAUAUUUGAGUUCAUAUUUUCAUGCACAUGAGAAUCUGCUUUGUUGAGCAAAUAUAACGGUUUCAUUAUGAAACCCUCUUAUCAUGCACAGCUGUUUGAUUAAUUAUCGUAAAUGAGAGUAAUUUAGGAUCCAGUACCGUUUCUGUCUUCUUGCUGCUUGUGCACUGCAUGUGCUCUGUAUUUUGCAGCAUAUUUCAUAAAUGUGUAUGUAAAUCUAGAUUUUUUUUUUUUUGCUGCCAUAAAAUGUCUGUGUAAUGUUAUACCUUAAAUAAUCGUGAUUAAAAGUUUGUUUGAUAUUAAA